AUGGCGUCCAGAUACAUAAGGGAGUUUUUGGCUUCGGAGGCUUUUAAAAACGCAGGGAGAGAAGUAAGCGACGUCGUUCCACGACUGGUGAAGUUUCUCUGCUGCCUCCAAGUCACCAAGACUCACCUUUUCACCGUCACUCUGUCCUACGGUCCCAGCAUGCUCCCGACCCUCGGCCUGGCCGGAAAUUUGUGCUUGGCUGAACGCAUCUCGCCCCGGUUCGAAAAACUGGGUGUUGGGGACAUUGUCCUCGUACAGUCCCCUGAGGUUCCUUGGAAGUUCAUGACCAAGCGCUUGAAAGCCAUGGAAGGCCAGUCUGUUACAUAUUUUGUCGACCCUAAAAACAGUGACAAGUCUGAGACCAUUGUGGUUCCGAAGGGGCAUGUUUGGAUAGAGGGAGACAACAUCUAUGAGUCAAAUGAUUCAAGAAAAUUUGGGCCUGUUCCUUAUGGACUUCUUCAAGGCAGAGUCUUUUGGAGGAUAUGGCCACCUAAAGAUUUUGGAUCGUUGGUGCAAAACAAAGGGAAGGAUUCUGUCUCAUGA